AUGGAGGAAAUGUACGAGCUACAGUAUACUGGCUCGGUUUAUACUGGCGAUAAGAAAAAUGGACGACUCGAGGGAAAUGGCACAUAUGAAUUCGAGUCUGGCAAUAAGUACGUAGGAGAAUUGCUCGAUGGUAAAUUCCAUGGCGAGGGCGUCAUGUACAUGACUACUGGUGCGAAAAUCGUCGGAAUCUGGAAAGAGGGUAAAAUGAUCGAAGGAAAACUGACCUUCGCUGACAACCUCGAUUUCAAGCCAGAAGAUGACUGGGACUACUGCAAAUCACCGGACAGACGAUUCUACACUGAAAUUUGCAACGGGCUCCGAGCUGCAGGGCGGUCUCAACUGACAGAUGAGCAUCCGCCAAAGACGAUUCCAAAGGGACAUUAUGAUACUGGUGAUGGAUUUUAUGAUCCUGUCGAGAGAAUUGUCAAGAGCUACGAUGGUGGCUUCCUCCGAAACGCAGAUGACGAAGAGCACCUUUGGAUUUUGACUAAAUGUCGAAAAGCGUGGGACGAGAUCGUCGGCUUCAAAGAAAACAAAAACUGA